AUGGCUGACCCCGAAAGGAGCCCCUUCGAUUGUGCAGGGGGGGAGAUCGGCUACUGGAAGGAGCUCUCCGGCAAAUACAAGCAGUGUGUGGAGAGCGCCCAGGAGGAGCUGCGUGAGUUCCAAGAGGGCAGCCGUGAGUACGAAGCCGAGCUGGAGAUGCAGCUGCAGCAGCUGGAGACUCGAAACCGGGACCUGCUCUCGGAGAACGCCCGACUGCAGAUGGAGGUGGAGACGGUCAAGGAGAGGAUUGCCAGCCAACACGCCGACGGGGACCGGCAGAUCUCAGCCCUGGAGGAGGAGCUGGGCCAGGCGAGGGGCGCCCGGGACCAGCUGCAGAAGUACAUCCGGGAACUGGAGCAGUGCAACGACGACCUGGAGAGGGCCAAGAGAGCCACCAUCAUGUCCCUGGAGGACUUUGAGCAGCGGCUGAACCAGGCCAUCGAGCGCAACGCCUUCCUGGAGAGCGAGCUGGACGAGAAGGAGAGCCUCCUGGAGUCAGUGCAGCGGCUGAAGGACGAAGCCAGAGAUUUGCGCCAAGAGCUGGCCGUGCAGCAGAAGCAGGAGAAGCCGAAGGUCUCAGUGGAGGGCUCCUCAGAAGCUGGACGGAUGGACACAGGCAUGCGAGCCACCUCCCCCAGGCCAUCGACCCCUGCAAUCCCCCAGGGGCCCAGCAAUGGAUUUAGUACCCCAGGAGCCUUCAGAAGAGGUUUUGAGAAUGGAUCCAGUGGAACGCCACUUACGCCAGCCGCGCGGAUAUCAGCACUGAACAUUGUGGGGGACCUCCUGCGGAAAGUCGGGGCGCUGGAAUCCAAGCUGGCCUCCUGCCGAAACUUCGUCUAUGACCAGACCCCGUACCGAAGCCCAGCACCGCCCCCUCCCUACUUGGGCAGGGACGUGUAUGAGAGGCGUCUGAGCGGCCCCCACGUGCCCCAGGGGCUGGCCAAGCGACUGGAUUUAGGCACGCGGCCGUCCAACCUUGCAGGGCCGGCGGGCCUUCCAGCACAGAGGGCAGCCCAGAUGCUUUUCUGA